UCAUCGGGUCCUGGAGGAAGGAUGCUGUGGGUAACCCUGCUAAGCACAAUAGCUUUAGGGUGGACUACGCCGAUCCCACUGCUGGACGAGUCUGAGGAAAUCGACGAGCCUUGCUUCGACCCCUGCGACUGCGAAGUCAAGGAGGGCGUCUUUCACGUGCACUGCGACAGCAAAGGAUUUACAAAUGUCAGCCAGGUCUCCCAGUCGUGGACGAGACCGUUCAAGCUCAACCUGCAGAGGAACUCUAUGCGCAAGCUAUAUUUUAAUAGCUUCUUGCACCUCAACAAUGCUGUGUCACUCAACCUGGGCAACAAUGCACUGCAGGACAUUCAUGCCGGCGCCUUUAAUGGGUUGACUAUUUUGAAAAAGCUCUUUCUGCACGAGAACAAGUUGGAGGUGUUCCGGAACGACACCUUCCUCGGACUCGAGAGCCUCGAGUACCUUCAGGCAGACUACAAUGUCAUCAAGAGGAUAGAGAGCGGUGCUUUCCGUUACCUGCACAAACUCAGAGUGCUUAUUUUGAAUGACAAUUUAAUACCCACGCUACCCAAUUUCUUAUUCAGGUCGGUGUCCUUGACGCACCUUGAUUUGCGAGGCAAUCGGUUAAAGACUCUACCGUACAAGGGGACGUUGGAAUACGUAGGUCGUAGUUUAAUGGAGAUCCAGCUGGAGGAGAACCCGUGGAACUGUGUUUGUGAGAUUGUACAGCUCAAAACCUGGCUGGAGAGAAUACCCUACACCGCCCUGGUGGGCGACAUCACAUGCGAGUAUCCGUUUCACUUACACGGCAAGGAUCUCCGUGAGAUUAAGCGGAGUGAACUUUGCCCCUUGCUGUCCGAGGCUGAAAUCGAGGCUAAACUUGGCAUCCCGAGGAUUCCGUUUAAUAGCGAGAACACAUGGCCCACCAAGCCGUCAUCCAUGUUGUCAUCGUUCCACAACACUGCCUCCUCGGUGGAAUACCGAGAGAAGCACGUCAAACCAACGAAGCGACCGAGACCCACGAAAACACCGCCGACGCCACGAAGCAUCUAUCCCGGUCCCAACCACCCUCCUGUUCCUGGCUACCAAACACGUCCACCUAUUCCAAUCAUCUGCCCAACUGGGUGUAUGUGCAAUUUACACAUCAAUAACCUUGGACUUACCGUCAACUGCAAAGAAAAGGGAUUCCACAACAUCUCAGAGCUCCUGCCACGUCCGCUAAAUGCCAAAAAACUUUAUCUUAGUGGAAAUCUGAUUCAAAAAAUCUACCGCUCAGAUUUCUGGAACUUUUCCAGCCUGGAUUUACUCCAUUUGGGUAAUAAUCGAAUAUCAUACGUUCAAGAAGGUGCCUUCGUCAACCUUCCUAAUUUAAAAAGUUUGUAUUUAAAUGGUAACGAUAUUGAAAGGCUGACUCCGGGCAUGUUUCGUGGUCUGCAGAUGCUCAGUUACUUAUAUCUAGAGUACAAUGUCAUUCGGGAGAUCCAGCCAGCUGCUUUCAGUCUGAUUCCCAACCUGCAGCUGGUUUUCCUAAACGAUAACCUGCUCCGUACCCUUCCUACCGAUGCUUUCGCGGGCACCUCCUUGUCUCGGCUGAACCUGCGCAACAACUACUUUCUGUACCUACCCGUGACUGGAGUCCUGGAGCACCUGGACUCCAUCGUUCAGAUCGACCUGCAUCAGAACCCGUGGGAAUGCUCCUGCGACAUCGUCCCUCUCAAGCAGUGGAUCGAGAAGCUGAGCUCCGUCAUCAUGGUCGGGGAGGUCAUCUGCAAGACACCAGAGUUUGCUUUCGGGAAGGAUCUUCGCAACCUGGACCUUGAGGUCAUCUGUCCCGAGAUGAAAUUCGCAGCCUCUCCUGGCCUUGACAGUGACGUCACUUCGACCAGUGACUCCGGAUUAGGAUACGCACCCUCUUCAGGAGCUGUUCCCCUGUCAGUACUAAUCCUAAGUCUUUUGAUCUUGUUCAUAUCUUCUGUGUUCGUAGCUGCUGGAUUAUUUGCGUUUGUACUGAGAAGGAGGAAGGGACUGCCCUUUAAAAAGCGCCAGGAGGGCGUGGAUCUCACCGGGAUCCAGAUGCAGUGCAGGAUAUUUGAGGAACAACAAGCUUCCUCUCCGGAGAAACCUGCCACCGGGCACGUCUACGAGUACAUCCCACAUCCGGUUACUCAAAUGUGCAACAAUCCCAUUUAUAAACCUCGAGAAGGUGAGAUCGAUGGAGAACGUUUUGUAGAGACCAAGGAGAACAGCAGUAAUUAUCGAACUCUGAUGGAAAAGGAGAAGGAAUGGACGAUGGCCGUGUCCAAUUCUCAACUCAACACCAUUGUGACAGCGAACCAAACUGACAACGUGGCCGGAUUUCACGAGAACGGCGUUCUUUGCCCAACGAUCAUCGACAGCCAGAGGCCUACACCGACCGUCGGGUUCGUAGACUGCCUUUAUGGAACCGUUCCAAAAUUGAAGGACAUGCAUGUCGCGCAUGCGCACCCUCCAGGAAUGCAAUACCCCGAUUUGCAGCAAGACGCCAGGUUGAAAGAAACUCUGCUAUUCACCGGGGGUAAGGGAUUUCCCGAGCAGUCCCAGAACGAGUACCUUGAGUUAAGGGCCAAACUUCAGACCAAGCCGGAUUACCUCGAAGUCUUUGAGAAAUCGUAUCGGUUCUGAUGAUGGAGAGUAAGCUCACUUCCAUACUUAGCGUCAAAAAAAGCAUGAUAAAUAUCAAAAUAAAUAUAUAUCUAUACAUAUAUCACACAUUUCCUUCAAAACGCUUUGGAGGAAAGGCCAUACUCAGAUAUUCAAUGAAGUGCCUUUUUUUCAGAGUAGCCAGCAAUGACCCUUAUUUUUAUACGGAACAGAUUUGUUUGUGCUUCGGAAGAUCUGGAAAUCUGAAGAUCGGCACGGUCUUUUCGUGGCUUCUCGGAUAUUUUCCAGACAGCCUGGCACAGCUCGUAGUUGGAGUUUGCCGCAUGCAUCCAACGGCAGGGGUGGGUACUGUCGAGAAUACCAGAUCAAUCCACUUGAUAGAGAUACUGUGCAACAUAUUUCUGUUCGGUGGUUUAUUUAUUUUAUAUAUUUCCAAAAACGGACGUCCUCUCGGAAAGACGCACCUAAAGGAAAAAAAGGAAAAAAAAUAUUUGUGAAUAUAUGAAGCUCAUAACAAGAUAUUUUAUGAAAUUUAAUGCACUUUCUUAAGACAAAACCUGUCUCUGGAUAUUACCACUAACGGCUUUGUAGGAAGCACUUUUAAUGUUUUCUCUCUCACACGAAGAUUUGAAAAGAUAAAGUGUGCAUAUAUUUAUUCUGUAAUUUCAGUGAGAAUUUAAUUGUAAAGGUAAUGUAAAAUCUAUGUAUAGUGAUUAUGCGUCUGGUAUAGCCUUCUUAAUAAAACCAAGGGUUGUGUCGACCCUCUUAAAUUAAAUAAAAAAGGGUACCAAUCAAUAACUGUUUGUCAGGUAUGCAAGUGGUGUUGUGCUCCCACGAUGGCAUAGAAUCCGCUGAUGGUUUUUGCUCCUAUGAUCUGCAAAGCAAAUGAGUAAAUGCCUGUAAACCUGCUGAGGUCUGCCACUUUGCAUUAAAUAAACCUCCUUCUGCUGCUGUACGAUGCAAAAAACAGACCUGACAUGGUUUAAUCUGGUAAAACUUCUGCACUUUAUUCAUAUUCCAGUAUAAAACUGUAACUAAUGUUUAAAUACAGAGUAGAUGUGGAUCACACCAAGGAACUCACCAAGGCUCACGUAGCCUCUCAGAUGGUAAAUACAGCUGAACUCGGGCUGUCAAAGCUUUUAGCAAUCGACGGUACUUGUCACUACAAAUUCUGUCCACAGGAGGGCAACAGCAAGACAGUCUAGAAACCUGUUCAGACAAGCGGCUGCCAAAAAUAGAUACUCGAUUAUCUGAGUGAGAAAUAAAACAAAAAAUGAAACUUU